AUGGCGGAAGAGAAGGAAGGAACCAUCGUCGCCGAUGAUGUGCGACUGGCUGAGCUGGGAUACAAGAGCGAGUUCCGGCGGGAAUUCUCGAUGAUCGAGACUAUAGCGUUCUCGUUUUCGAUCAUGGCAGUGAUCCCAGGCAUUGCUUCCACAUUGUCCAUCUCGCUCCCCGCAGGUGGGCAUGUUGGCCUUGUGUGGGGAUGGUUCAUUCCUUGUUGGUUCGUCAUGUGCGUUGCAGCAUCCAUGGCGGAGCUGGCUUCGUCAAUGCCGACGAGCGCGGGCUUGUAUUACUUCUCUGCAAAAAUGGCCCCACCACAAUAUUCUGCGCUCGCAGGCUGGAUCACUGGCUGGGCGAACAUUACAGGUCAAGUAACGCUAGUGUGCUCUAUAGACUAUACUUUGUCACAGAUGAUAACAACAGGCAUAGCUGUUGGCACAGAUGGUGCGGUGAAUUUGGGAGCAGGUCCCACCUACGGAAUUUUGCUUUCAAUGCUGUUCAUGCAUGGUUGCAUCUGUUCUGCUGCUACGAAAGUACUAGCACGCCUCAAUCUCUUUUAUGCAUUCGUGACCUGUAAAUCCGGCCCUCCUUUUCUCUCUGCAGUCGAUACUGACAUCUCACCAGUCGGGGUCACAGCGGGCGCGAUAAUCGCGCUCUUGGUAUGUUCUGGUGAGAAUAGAGUAUCUACCAAAACCGCCUUCACGAUGUAUGAGAAUCAUACGGGAUGGGAAAAUGAGGGCUGGGCCUUCCUCUUGGCGUUCACGGUACCGAUGUGGACAUUCACCGGCUACGACUCCGCCGCACACAUCUCUGAAGAGAUAUCAGGCGCCGCGCGUGCAGCGCCAGUCGCCAUCCUGGUGUCCGUAGCAUCAGUCGGAUCCCUCGGCUGGAUAUUGUGCAUUGCGGUCUCUUUCGCAGUAGCCUCGGUACCCACCAUAAUCAACUCCGAACUCUCGCUACCAAUGGGCCAGGUCCUACUGGACGUGGUGGGCAAGCAAGGCAUGCUUGCAAUUUGGUGCCUCAUCAUCAGUGUCCAGUUCCUGUGUGGUGCAGCACAAGGUGUCGACGCCUCCCGUGUCAUCUUCGCGUUCGCGAGGGACAACGCGCUCCCCGGAUCACGUUGGUGGAAGAAGGUAAAUCCUCACACGCAGACACCGGUCAACGCUGUCUGGCUUGUGAUGUUCCUCGCUGCAAUCUGCGGGCUACUAGGAUUCUCUUCUACUGCGCUCACGUCGCUUGCUGGGGCAUCCGUUAUCGGCAUGUACACGUCAUAUGCAACGCCAAUUUUCCUGCGCAUGACCUCGGGAAGAGACAAGCUCAUUCCAGGACCGUUCUCGCUGGGCCGGUGGUACCUCCCCAUUGGCAGCAUCGCCUGCGCCUGGGUGACAUUUAUUGUUGUCUUAUUAUGCUUCCCGAUGACCAAUGCGGCAAACUCGCAGAACAUGAACUACGCCGUGGUGAUCAUUAUGGCUGUAUUUGUUUUCGCUGCGGCCUGGUGGGUAAUCUCUGCGAGGACUUGGUUCGUGGGACCGCUCCCCAACGUUGAAGAUGAAGGCUCGCUGGCGUCUACGGAGAAACUGGAGUAG